AAAAUUAUAUUGCUCUGUAUUGUUUCGGAAGUGACGAUAGGUUUGUGUGUGAAUGGAUAGUUAAUAAAUAAAGAAUAACUCGUGAUGUGAAAACCGAUUCACAAAAAGGUAAAUAUUUAUAUUUUCUCAUUCUAAAAUGAAAGUUUCAAGUUCCUUUACCUUAAGGAUAAUUAUAGUGCAUCGACCUCGGAUUGAGAUUGAGCCUAAAAUACCUACUGGACUAGGUUUUAUUGAAUGUGGAUUAAAAUAUCAAACUAACGCUACCAUCCACCUACUAUCUAAGACUGAAAUAAAAAGUACCUAACUGUUAAGUCCUAAACAUGAUAAGUUACAGACCGAAUGUAAAACUAGCGAAGCUAUUAUACAAAUACGCAGACGAGCAUAAAGAAGAAGCAGAGAAAAAAGAGACGCCAAUACCCGAAAAGAAAGAGUACGAAUGCUAUCCCCCGUACAAUUUCUCAUGGUUUAUUGAAAACAAAAUCGCCGCUAUGGGAUGGCCUCAGACGGUGGAGAAUUUAAACUAUAUAUCGGAUGCAGGGGUGGAUCAUUUGAUAACGUUAUCUCCAGAGAGGAGACCCCCCAUUUUGCAGUGUGAGAAGAAGCUGGGCUGGUCCGAGAUCAGAGUGAAGGAGUUUGGGACGCCGACGUUGAAGCAGAUCUUGAAGUUCAUUGAGAUAUGUGAACGAGCCGAGAUCAGAGGAGAGGUGGUGGGCGUGCACUGCCGCCACGGGCGAGGCAGGACGGGCACGAUGCUGGCCUGCUACCUCGUCUACUUCAAGAACAUGGCUCCCGAGCGGGCAGUGCUCACUGUCAGGGUGCAGAGACCAGGUUCCUGUGAAACCUAUGAGCAAGAAAAGAUAGUCUGCCACUACCACGACUGCGUCCGGGGCACAAUCACAAAGCCCGACUACAGACUGGUGGAGGACAAGCUUUAUUUCGACUGCACCAUGAAGCACAUGGAUUCGGAAUCAGAAAUCGAGGAAGAUUCUGAAGAAUCCAAUAUCAUUACGGACAAAAAGGUUGAGACGCUGCAACUGGUGAAGAAAAAAUCCAAGGCCAUGAUUAUAAAUCACAAAAUUUAUUUUUAACUUAUUUUUAUAAAUGUAUAAAACCGGCUCCACACUGUCGUCGUACAGUUUGCCAAACUUUGGCGGAUUCGCUAUAUAUACAUUGCUGGUUUAUCAUUGCGGUACAUGCGCUCGGCAUGUGUCGAGCUCGGCGACGGUGCGGCGUUGGAUGGAACAUACGAUGUACUUUCAAAGAACUUUUAAGAUUUUAAUACAAAGAAAUGCACCUUAUCGCUAAUUUUGUAACAUUGCAGGUUUUAAGUACAAUUUUGUAAUAAACUUUUUAUAAGUAAACAGAUUUUCAAUCAAAUAAUUUUUAUUGAUUCAUUUACAACUAGCUUUCCCCGGAGCUUCGCUCCCGUGGAAAUUUCAGGAUGAAAAGUGUACCCUAUGUCUUAUUCCAGGUUAUAUUCUACCCGUGUACCAAAUUUCAUAACAAUCCAUCCAGUAGAUUUUGCGUGAAAGUGUACAAACAUGCACACAUACAUCCUCAAAAACUUUGUUGAAUUGUUUAUGUUAGGAAGAUCUAAAUAUAACACAUCGGCUCAGAUACUUUAGUAUAACGGCGUAAAAAAUUGUGCACCGAUUGUCAAUAGUCGACUAGUAUAUAAACAAACUUAGGAAACCAGUUUAGGAAGUUAUAGUGUUAGGAAUUAGGAUAUCCUGAACAUUCAACAGAUAAGACUUCUGAAGACGAUUAAUUCAAAUUCAGCUACCAAUUGGUGUAAAAUAUAAUUAUUAGGUGGUACUCAGAGCGUUUCGACAGCUGCGGCCGCGCUGUCAUUACGAUCUGUAAAUUACAGUACAGAUUAAUUAUUGUAAAGUCACAUAGUAAAACUAAUUCUUGUCUUUGUUAAAAUUUGAAAAAUUGUAAUGACAGCGCGACCGCAGCGGUCGAAAUGCUCUGAGAGCCAGUACCAAGUGGUAAACUUUAUUAUAUCAGUAUACAUAGAAAUAAUAAAUAUUUACAUUUACAUUAUAAACAUACUAAAUUUACAAAGUAAAUACAUAAAAUACGAUGUAUGUACCAAUGCGUGAAAUGGACAUUUGUUAAGGAUUUUUUGAUUGAAUUUGGAAUGGACAUUAUCAAUGACACGGCACUGGGUCAUUCAAAGGCAAAGGCUUCGUGUAAAAGCUAGUAAACAAUAAAUUGAACG